CACCCCUACCAGCACUGUCACCAGCAGCAACACAAUAACAGCAGCCCCAGCACCCCCAGUCAUAGUGUGUCUUGCCGGCUCAUGUCCACCUGAAAGCGUUUGUCUUAAUGGUACCUGCCAGUGUCUCUCUGGCAGCUUCCUGUUAGAUGGACGUUGUACACCUGCUCAAGUGUUUCCAGGCCAGCUUCAUAUCGUCUCCUUGCAAUUUCAAAAUGAAAUGCGCAACAGGUCCUCGAGCGUGUUCCAGAAAACCGCGGCUGAGAUCUCAGCAGUGCUCGAACGUGCCCUCAGAAACCAGCCGGGGUACAUACGCUCUGAUGUUGUGCAGCUUGAGCCAGGAAGUGUGCAAGCUACUGUGAAUAAUGUCUUUGGAACAACCAAUGCAACUCAAGAGUCUGUUAAUCAGGCCAUUAAUCAGGCUGCAGCUAACUCAGACGGACUUCUGAAGAAUGCUACAUUUACACCUAAAAACCUGUGUGAGCAGCAGCCAUUGCCUUGUGACGUCUCCUCUACAAUGUGCACAAACACAAACGGCCGAGCUGUUUGUUCCUGUAAAGAGGGCUACAUCUCCAUCGUGUACUCAAACACCAGCUGCAGAGCGUGUCCAAGUGGGCAGAGAGCAGUGGGAGAUGCAUGCCAACCAUGUGCGUUUGGGUAUGCCGGCUUCAACUGCAAUGACUCGGCUCUGCUGGCAGUCGUGGUCAUCUCCUGUGUGCUGGGAGGAACUCUGCUCAUCCUCAUCCUGGCUCUGCUCAUAUUCUGCUGCUGGACGAGAUGCUCGGAGAACAAAAGCGACUUCAGCAGCAGCAGUCCAUAUUCAUCCAACGACGUAAACCAGCCGUGGCCGACCGGCGUCACCCCGAUCCCUCGAGCCACCUCCAACUGGGACGCAGCUGCUCCCAUAGAGAUGACAGAAGGGGGCAGCACUCAUGCUCUGGUGGACAAAAAGCCACAAAGCAACGGACUGUCGGGAUCGUACGAUCUCAACACAGAUGGAAUGAAGACGUUCAAGGGUAGAAACCCAUCCCGUUACUCGUAUCUGGUCCAAGGCCACGAGAACCCGUACUUCUUACCAGGAGACGAGAGGAAAAACUGAAAAUCACAAAGAAGUGGGGGAUCAAAAAAGAAGUCACUGGUUUGGACAUUUGCUGAGCAGGACUGUUUUAUUUACGAUAUUUGCUUGGAUUAAUCACAAAGGACAAGAAGAGAUCGGCAACCAAAGAGAGUCCUUUCUUUAUACAAGCAAGAACAUUUUUAAAAUGCCUGCUUUUAAUGAUUAUAACCAGUAGAUGUCACUGUUGCUCUGUAAAGUUAGUACAAUAGUUUUUUUUUUUAAGGCUACAUUUGACCUCUGAUAUUUGUCUUUUGUUUUUUUUUUUGUCCUUUUUUAUGCUUUAAAGAAAUCAUUCUGUAGACUUUUAAAAUGAAGACUCUUACAUUACUAAUUGCACUAAAGUGUGUGUUACGUUUACCACAGGUUUGUCUCUGAAAUCAAAAGGUAAAUUGAAUGUGGGGCUUUCUGCGGCUACUAACUAUUAUUUUCUUGAGAGUGUGAUUAUUUUCUAGAAAAACAAAUGUUGAAGUGACUAAAGGGGCUGGAUCCCUGGUUGGGAGUGUUUUUUUUAAAGGGAUUUUAUUGUAGCAGUCUACAGCUGAGAACUCUGUGUUUGUUGAAGCUGCACUUGCAGAAAUGUGCCUGUUUUAAUGGUCGCUCUGACUAAAAGGAAACAUUAUGCAAAGCUGCUGAAGAAGCCUGUCUCUCGGAUGUGCCAAUUAUCUCUUGUAUACAGAUUCUUGAAGAUUAUAUAUAUAUAUAUCUUGAGUGUCUGAGACAGUGCACUAUUUUUUAAGUGUGUAAAAGUUUUGUAAAUAAUUGAGGAUCUCUUGGGAGAGAAUGUGUGCGUGUAUGCUGUGGAAAUAAAUUAAUUUAAAUGCAA